AUGGAAUCUGAUGGUAAAGAAUUUGUCAGACAUUAUCAAUAUGGUUUAAACAAACUACAAGAGCUAGAAGAUGAGCAAGAGGAACUCGAUGAUAUGAGAAGAGUUCAACGAGAAUUGGUUACUAGAAACUUAAUUCAUAACUCUCAAAAGCUAGAUAAAAAAGUUUCAGACAUCAGAACAAAUAAUUUACAACAAAAGAUACUCUGACAGAUUGAAGACCUCCAAAGAUCAGCGAAGAUGUACUCAGACAAGGGGUAUCAAAAUUGCAAACAAGUGCAUGACUGGAACAAAAUAAUAAUAGAAGACACUGAAAAGAUCUCCAAAGCAAUCAGAGAUAUAAACAAGUCUGAGAGUGAACUUUUUGAAAAGAGAAUUCAAGACAAGCAUGAACAGUUCCUUGCCAGAAUGGAGGAAGAGAAGAAGCAGAGAGACCUUAAAAGAAAGCAACGCCAGAAAGCUAUGCAGCUUAGGUUUGAAGCUGCCAAGAUUGGCAUGGCGAAGAAUGUUGGGCUUAAGGAUGAGCCGGCAGUCGAUACACCGACCAUGACUAGCAACAAAGAAGUGCUUCCUGCUGAAAUGUAUGCAAGAUUGCAGAAACGAGAGAGAAUAGUUAAGUCAAUGGACGUAGAAACUGUAGAGUUCCAAUGCUUUCCUUACGACAUCUGGUGUGUUCUGCUAGGGUACUUUUCUGUUCAGACAUUGUUAAGACUUGAGAAAGCAUGCAGAUGCACAUACUACUUAAUAAACGAGCAUUGUGAAUACUGUGAUAAUAAUAAACUCAUUGAUAAUCAUGAGUGAACAAGUCUUUGGAAGCAAAAUUUUGCAGAUGCUGGAAGUCCUUACAUUGAGAACUAUCCACAUCCAAGUUGAGGCCUCCAGAAGCUGUUAUUGUCUAGACAUAUCUUGGUUGGAGAGUACUCCGAGAAUAUUGCUAAAGCGUACGAGUAUUUAUGCAAAAGAAAGAUGCACGUUUACACUCAAGCAAAGAAGCCAGGAGUUCUAGUGUGCAUUGUAUGUAAAGCUGGUAUGAUUGUUCCAUCUGUUUCUACUAAGUCUACCCCAAAUUCGAAAAACAAAGCAUGUUUAAAAGUGUGCAGUCUGCAUCCGCAUGAAAAGUAUCACUGCUUGAUGAAAACAGGCCACCCACAGAAGGCACAUUUAUGUGGAAUCUGAGUAAAUCAAGGAAAAUACAGAAGACUGGCACAGAAGUAUUUAAACUACAUUAUUGGGAUCAAGUUAGAAGGAGACCUUGUGAUAGUUUCUGGAGAACCAAGGCUUAAAUUUAACUCUCUUGUGUAA